ACCGAAGCUCCUGGGAUCCGGUCUCACCUACCUGAGCUGCAGUUUGCUGAGCAGUUUGUUGCCGCCAUUCGUUCCGCCACGUUACAGGAUGGUCGUCUACCACAGGAUGUUCUCGAACAACUCCAAAAGCCACCGUGCCAUACCGUGGAGGUCGACGACAAUCUUAGGCUGUUUCUCGACGUGUACCUUGCCCUUGACAACGCCUCUCGCACAAUGUAUGAUGCAGUCUGCGCUGCGAUACAGCGGCGCUUCGACCUCGACGAUAAGGUCAUGUACUCGCACGAUCGGAUCAAACGGAAGGUCACCGAGAUUACGGGCAUCGUCUCUGUUAUGCACGACAUGUGCAUCAAAUCUUGUAUGGCAUACACAGGACCAUUCGCAGAGAAGGAGGAGUGCAUUCACUGCAAGGAACCACGUUAUGAUCAGACCAUUCUCCGUCAGAGCAACGGAAAGCGAAAGGUUCCGCGCCUUCAGUUUUCAACCAAUCCCAUUGGUCCACAGAUACAGGCACAGAAGAGGUCGAAGAAAGGCGCGGAGAAUAUCCAUUAUCGAAACAAGCAGAUGGAGCAGAUCCUGGCAGCUCUUGACGACAAUAACGGAAUCAUUGCGGAGUACGUGGAUGUGUACCAUGGCCGACAAGUGUUAGAUGCCGUGAGGAGCAAUAUCAUCCGCAAGGAUGAUACAAUGCUGUUGUUCUCGUGCGACGGCGCGCAGCUCUUCCGUCAUAAAACAUCGGACUGUUGGAUGGCAAUGUGGGAGAUACUCGACCUCAGUCCAGAGCAUCGCACGAAGAAGAAGUACAUCCUCCCAGCGUGUAUAAUCCCUGGCUCGCCGGGCAACAUCGACUCAUUUCUCUUCCCUAGUCUGCAUCAUCUGCAAGCUUUGCAUAACGCAACAGCAUUAGAUGAAACUGGACAUGGUGGCUUCAAAGUCUGGGAUGCGCUGCAGCAGAAGAUCAUUGUCGACGACCCAUAUUUAGUUUUUGCCACAGCUGAUGCACCCGCGCUGGCAAGCAUCGGAGGUCUAGUGGGGCACAAAGGAAAGCGGGGCUGCCGGGGCAACUGUCCGAUGUAUGGGCGGCUAAAACCUGGUGGAAAGAAGUAUUAUCCUGCUCAUCUCAAGCCAACCAGGUAUAGCAUGGAAGGUUGCGCUCACAGCGACGUGAACCCCAGUCAGGUCCGGAUACAAUCAUCGGAGAACUACCACGCAGGAUUGAACCGCCUCUUGCAAGCACGAUCUAAAGCUGAGCACGCUGCUCUGCGACGGGAGCUUGGUAUAGCAAAACCAAGUGUUCUCAGUGGUCUCUCGCGGAUUCCAAGCAUUCCGCUAUGUUUUACUCCCGACAUCAUGCAUUUCUGUUCAUUGAAUCUGCCAGACUUAUUCCUUGGUCUAUGGCGUGGAACAAUGGAACACGAUUCUCUUGACAAUGAACCCUGGGAUUGGGUAUGUCUUGAGGGAAAUAAUUGGCAGCACCAUGGUGCCGAUGUUGCUGCAUGUGCAUCAUAUAUCCCUGGACUUUUUGACAUCGCUCCCCGCAACCCCGCAGAAUUCAUCACGAGUGGUUACAAGGCUCAAGAGUUUCAGACUUAUUUCUACGGACUUGGACCUGCACUUCUCCGUUGCCGAAUGCCUCAGAAAUACUGGAGGAAUUACUGCAAGCUGGUCCUUGCCAUACGCAUCCUUCACCAGUAUCGCAUCAGACGAGAAGCACUUCUGGUUGCACAUAGGCUCAGCAUCGGAUUCAUUGCUGAAUAUGAGCUUCUGUACUAUCGCCGUAUGACCAGCCGGCUGCAUUUCUGCCGGCAGAGUAUCCACGGGCUAUGCCAUCUUGCGCAAGAGGUUCCCCGAGUCGGCUCACUUGCACUUACAGGUCAAUGGGCUAUGGAGAACAUGAUCGGAAAUCUUGGGAUGGAGAUCAAACAACCGUCGAAUUUCUAUGCCAAUCUCAGCCAGCGGAGCCUACGGCGUUCACAGAAUAAUGCACUAAAGGCCAUCCUCCCUGAACUUGACCCCGAGAGUCCUGAGUUCCCCGCUACCGCACUACGCUUGGGUGAUGGAUUUGCCCUCCUACAGCCAUGGAGCGCGCAAUCUAUCACUGUCUCCGCUUGCGAGUCGAUGGCUAUCACUCAAUAUAUGCAGGGUCAGUACCACGAUGAUCGUGAAUGGAACAAUAUCCGGAAAUGCGGCCGACUUCAGCUUGGGCACGGGCUCAAGCAUAUAACACGUUCUGUGUUUGCGGAGCGAACUAAAGCUCUUCAUGAUAUCCGUAUGGCCCGGAAUGUAAAGCUCGAGUAUCAAGGCCGAGCAGCAUUUGGAGAAAUACAAUAUUACUUCUCUGCGAAGAUCACUGGCAGCGGACUCCAUGGCUUUGCUGUUGUGACGCUCUACAGUGAGCCCGACCCUAUAGUGCUUAGAGACUCGUUCCACACGGUUUGGCUCUGCCGAAAGCGAGGAAACAAAGGUCUCGCUGUUGUUGAUGUAAAAGACAUCCGGGCAAUCGUGGGGAUGAUA